CUGUGAAGGUGGCGGCAGAGGCAGCCUCGGCUGCGGCGCGCCCCACUGCCGCUCGCCGUGAGGGAGCGCCCCGGCAGCCGCCAGACAGUUAAGGAGGUCUGAAGAUUGGAAUAUCAGUGGCCCUGUGCCGAGUUUAACAAUUAAGUGAGGCGUGGAGCUGGAAAACUUGGCAGAAAACUCUUUUGUCUUUCCUGCUUGUAUCUAUGGAACCUGGUUUGCAAGGUUGGUAUUAAGACAGUCUGAAGGAAGGAAGUAGUGAAAGACUUUCACCACAAUUCUGAAAAAUGAGCAGUGUCAACCUGGUGCUGUGAUUGUCUCCAGGACUUGGACCCUCUAAGUUUUAAGGUCUGUUUCAGUCAUUAUGAGUGUGGUGUCCUGAGAGAUGCUGUUGUCCAUGAGAGGCUGGGAUUAUUAUGAUCAAGUGCUGUAUUUUGACUUCACCCAGUGGCAUAAAGAUUUGUGGGGUGAAGAAGAAGUGUUGGACUUUUAAGAGAAUUAAACAGGCCCGUGUCGGAGGGUUAGCCCAGAUCAGUGGAGUCAUGCGUCACACAGCUCUAUCAUGCUGGCAGCUGCUCUUGGGUCUGGCGGUGCUGCUUGUCUUCACAAGCCCCACUGUGGGCUGCCCAGCCCGCUGUGAAUGCUCAGCACAAAACAAGUCUGUCAGCUGUCACCGAAGACGUCUGAUGUCCAUCCCAGAAGGCAUUCCCAUUGAGACCAAAAUCUUGGACCUCAGCAAGAACCGACUGAAAAGCGUUAACCCUGAGGAAUUCACAUCAUACCCAUUGCUGGAGGAGAUUGACCUCAGCGACAAUAUUGUCUCCAAUGUUGAGCCUGGAGCUUUUAACAAUCUCUUCAACUUGCGCUCCUUGAGGCUGAAAGGAAACCGUCUGAAACUGGUCCCCCUUGGGGUGUUCACUGGGUUGUCAAACUUAACAAAGCUUGAUAUAAGUGAAAACAAGAUUGUCAUUUUGCUGGACUACAUGUUUCAAGAUCUGCAUAACCUAAAAUCCCUGGAGGUUGGGGACAAUGAUUUGGUGUAUAUAUCACACAGGGCCUUUAGUGGACUGCUUAGCCUGGAGCAGCUCACCCUGGAGAGAUGCAACCUCACAGCUGUACCAACAGAAGCUCUUUCUCACCUCCACAACCUCAUCAGCCUGCAUUUGAAACAGCUCAACAUUAAUGCUUUGCCGGCGUACGCCUUUAAAAGACUGUUUCGCCUGAAGGACCUGCAGAUAGAGGCCUGGCCCCUCCUGGACAUGCUGCCUGCCAACAGUCUGUACGGUCUCAACCUGACUUCUCUAUCCAUCACAAACACCAACCUGUCUGCAGUACCUUACUCUGCUUUUAAACAUCUGGUUUACCUGACACAUCUCAACCUGUCUUACAACCCCAUCAGCACCAUCGAGGCAGGCAUGCUGUCGGAUUUAGUGCGCCUGCAGGAGCUCCACAUGGUGGGGGCACAACUGCGCACCAUUGAACCACAUGCUUUCCAAGGGCUCCGAUUCUUACGCGUGCUUAACGUGUCCCAAAACCUGUUAGAAACCCUAGAAGAGAAUGUAUUCCAUUCCUCCAAAAGCCUUGAGGUCCUCUGCAUUAACAACAACCCUCUGGCCUGUGACUGUCGUCUUCUUUGGAUUUUACAGCGGCAGCCCACCUUGCAGUUUGGUGGUGAGCCACCAAUGUGUGCGGGCCCAGAUAGUGUCAGAGAGAGGUCAUUCAGAGACUUUCACAGCACAGCUCUCUCCUUUUAUUUCACCUGUAAGAAGCCCAAGAUACAAGACAAGAAGUUGCAGUACCUGGUAGUGGAGGAAGGACAGACCGUGCAGCUGAUGUGCAAUGCUGAUGGGGACCCACAGCCUACCAUCUCCUGGGUUACCCCACGCCGGAGGCUGAUCACAACUAAAUCAAAUGGUAGAGCCACUGUGCUGGGAGAUGGCACCCUGGAGAUACGAUUUGCCCAAGACCAGGACACUGGGAUCUAUGUCUGUAUUGCAAGUAAUGCAGCUGGGAAUGACACCUACUCAGCCUCCCUGACAGUAAAGGGGUUUACUUCAGACCGUUUUCUUUAUGCCAACAGGACCCCUAUGUAUAUGACAGACUCCAACGACACAAGUUCUAAUGGAACUAAUGCAAACAGCUACUCUCUGGACCUUAAGACAAUAUUGGUGUCCACAGCUAUGGGCUGUUUCACAUUCCUUGGAGUGGUUUUAUUUUGUUUCCUUCUUCUUUUUGUGUGGAGCCGAGGGAAAGGCAAACACAAAACCAGCAUUGACCUUGAAUAUGUCCCUCGCAAAAACAAUGGUGCUGUGGUUGAAGGGGAGGUUUCUGGACCACGAAGGUUCAAUAUGAAAAUGAUUUGAUGAUAUUCUGCUAGCAGUGCUUUUUCUGUGGCAUUAAAACCAAUUAAAACAGCCUGGCAUGUGGAAUUGCUAGGCAGAAGCAGCUUAAUGCAGCUGUCAGUGUAUCAAAAGGUUAUAUGAAAAUGGAAAGACUAUUUGUGGUUAUACAACAGAGCCUCCAGACCUUGAGGCAGAUGUGUCAGGGCCUUUCAUAGAACUGGGAAAUUGUACUAACUGUUUGCAUUGCAAAUAUUGGCAUUCUGGGGAUAUCAGCAAUGAACCACUGGCUCAUGCUCAUGGACAAUUGUUCAACAUUUUCUACUGCUACAAAAGGAAAAGAAAAAAACCUACAGUGUAGGAUUUACAUACUUAAAGAAAAAGACACAUUUGUCUAAACCACACUCAACAAUGAAAUUUGUAUCCAUAUAUCUCAUUUGGUAAAACUUUGCAUCCUCCCUUCUAGUUGGUUCAACACAAAAAAAAUUGGUAGCUUUUUUUUUAAAUCUACAUCUAUACUGUGUACAUUUUGAAGCAAUACAAAUGAGAGGUUGUACUUUUAGAUAUCCACCAAUACUGACCCAAGUGUGAUGUCACCCAUCUUUUAACUACCAUAAAAACCCAAAUUAGAUCCUUGUAGUUACUAAUUAGAAAUAAUAUAAGAUAUUUUUCUCCUCAUGUAGAAGGCCAGACCUGAAUAGUUGAGAGCAAAACCACUCAACUCUGUCGAUCUACUCUUCAUAUAAAUAUAAGGCAUGUGCCUAGUUUUGAUACAGAAUGGAAUAUUUUUUAUAUCUGUGAUAUCACACUGGACCAGUUUACUGUAAUACAGCCCUGGCUCUCACACAGGGAAGGCAACCCACUAGUCAAUGCUGGCAUGGAGGAGUUGAGUUCUACUUUGAAGAGAGAGAAUCAGUUUUGUUAGCCCUGAUAUUAAUUUCAAACCUACUGUUAAAAUGUUAAUGUGUACUGGGCCAAAUAAAGAGCAUAAUACAUUCUGCAGACUCCUUGGGAAAUAUGGUUAUCUUACUCUUUAUACAAGUGAAUUAAAACAUACAAACAUUGUUACUAAGAAUGAACUCUUCUCCAAUGCCAAGUAAACUACAGUUGGUCAUGCAUAAUAUGGGGAUUUAUAACACUAAAAUAAUGUUUAAAACACGAUAGCCUCAAAAAGGCUGACAUACUGCCAGAUAUAAUGAACCUCUAGCCACUGUCAUUCUCAUCUUGUAUAUUUGUAGAUAACACAAAGCUGAUUUCCAAGAACAGAUUCCUUAGCUAUUCUUGAUGCCAUUUUAAUAACAAUGUGGUUAUGUUUCUUUCAGGGGCAGUAUCUUAGAGCAAGAGGGGCAAGUUUUUUCCAGAUUUUAGGAAUCUUUUUAAAUGGAAAGAAGACAGAAGUGGAACAUUAGUUCAGUACAAGUAACCUUUUGUUUGUUUUAUGUUUCCAAAGAAAUCUUCAAAAGACCGAAAAGUGAAAUUUUAUGCUUUUUCAUAAAUACCAUGAUUUUAUUUUUAAAUCCUUAGCAAUUUCAAGAUGCAAAGUUGUUCAGCCACCUCUCAAGUUUUCCACCAGUUAGGAGCCAUAAGUUUGUCAUACAUGGUUGAUAGCAAAUACCAUUUUUAAAUGAUUGGCAUAAUCUGGAGAAAGGAUGACAAUUCGUACAUCUAUGUUUAACCAAGAUUAAUAUGAAAUAUUAUAAGACAGAACCUUCAGAUUAAUGUGAUUAAAGAGCCUGUGUUCAAUCUUAGUAUUAGAUUUUGGCAUUUUGAAACCAAAGUCAGGCUGAUAUAUGAUAGGAUGCAAGUGCUUCUAAAAUUAGUAUCCAUAUUCUUUGCAGAGAUUUUAAAAGCAGGAUAAAAAGUCUCCCACUUCUAUCAAGGGAAAUGUGCUAAAAGUUGUAAAACCCAGCUGCGCUCCCCAGAGAUACCCAUAACUUAGCUGCAGGACCCAAGGCUAUGCAGCUUUGAGAAUCUGUUUUUUUAGUGGUUGAUCAUUGGUUGCUUUGUUACUUCAUUUUAGAUUGUCCAACUGAGGAGGUUGCAAGGGUUCAUAGAAUUUUUUUCACUUAACUUGGCUUUAAGUUUAGAAUUGGGUUUUCUUGCUUCCUUUUGUUUUAUGCUCUGAACUAGAUAGUUGGAGAUUUAUGGACAUGCUUGAUAAGAAUACUCUUUGUUCUAUGACAUUUGUAGAACAUUAAUAUAAUGGAACAACCCCUGACUAAAUUCUAACACCAGGGAAAUUAUUUUUGUUGACGUAAUAACCACUGCACUGAAGUCCAAAAUUCUACUGUACCUUAAUGCGGGCAGUUAAAGAAACAAAUGGGGAUAAAACAAAAUGUUUCUGAACUGUCCCUUGAAGACAUUUGCAUGUGCCUUUCCCUUGUAAUUGUCAUUUUUUUCAACUAGUUAUCUAUUGCCCCUGCAGUCAUUUCAUGUUAAAUGUUAAAAUCAGUGUUAGAAGCAAAAAUUCACCCACCUUCUAGACAUUUUCACCUGAUUUCUUCAUAUUAAAUUACACAAUUAAAAAAAAUCUCAAAAAACACCACCCUAGAAAACAUGUAUUUUUAGGAUUAAUUAUGAGUUGCUGUAUUCCCCUAUCCCUUGGAAUGACUCUAAGAAGUGAUUGCAGCUAGUGCACUGCAAGGAUUUGUGAGCAGAAAUGUGCUUAGUUAUCUAUGUGAAUGUGUGCUGGUGAUGGAAAUCACCGCUUGCUGUUGCUGAGCACCACCUUGCAGAGCUGUCAGCGUUCUGUGUAUUGCCUUGAGUUCAGUCAGUAUUCAGUUUUUCAGAAUCAGUGUUCGUUCCCUGCCUCUAGCAAUGUUCUACUUUUUGCAGCCUACUUAUUUCAGCAUGGACUUAACAAGGCAUAUGGCACCUCUUAACAGAAGUGAGGACAGCAGGACCCAGAGACGCUUUUGUCUUGCUCCACAUAGUCUCCUUCUUAUGUAUUUGUGGGACACAUACUAACUAUGGCUCUUUUGGGUGAAUAAGGAAUACAGUGUCAAAGUCAGACCCAGACAAGAACCUUUUUGGCAA